CGGCCGGUCGAUAGUACUGCAGUGGCACGGUGGCAGCGGAGAACUCACAACGUCCUCAGCUCCGCGGGGUAACGGUUUUGCUUGAAACAUCGAACGAUUUUGAACUAAAGAUGAGUUACUUGGAGAAGAUUGAUCGGUACUUGGACUCGCUAAAAGUUGGAAAAAGCGCUAUGGUGGACUCCUGGUUCAUGAUGUCGAGUCCAGUACCUAUAAUGUCAGUAGUAGCAUCCUACUUCCUGCUCAUCCGGAUUGGCCCUCGUAUAAUGAAAAACCGACCUCCAAUGCAGAUGAACAAGCUACUUGCUUAUUAUAACGCCUUCCAGGUUUUACUCGCUGCCAUGAUUUGCAUUAAGGUACUAAAAUUGAGCAACAUGUUCAGGGAUGGCAUAUUCUAUGCAGGGUGUCGAUAUCCGUCACAUACUCUAAAUCCGAUGGUAAAUAUGAAAUAUCGUUUUCUGAAGGCGCGCUAUUGCUGCAGUAUUUCGUCGACGCCUUCGCGCCACUUCCAGCGGAUCCGCCAGGCGUCACCGAAGGCAGCUGCGGUAUCCUCGCAAUUGCGCGAGCAAUUCUCCCGCUGA